AGCCACAGCCUGUCCUGACUGUUUCAAACCAGCAAAGAACAAACAGUCUGUUUUCACUAGAAUGGCAGUUAUAAAAGCCCUAGAGAAGAUAAAAGAAGAGGAUUUUCUCAAGCAUUUUCCAUGUCCCCCAAGUUCACCAGAGAACCUCUGCGUUGCUCUGGAAAUUCAAUGCAAUAAUGGUGCAGUUUUUGUGGCUGGAAGGUACAACAAAUAUUCAAGGAAUUUACCUCAGACUCCCUGGAUUAUUGAUGGGGAACGGAAGCUGGAAUCUUCAGUGGAAGAACUGAUUUCGGAGCAUCUGAUGGCAGAAUUCAAAGCAGAUAGCUUUAAUUUUUCUUCCUCUGGCAGAGAAGAUGUGGAUGUAAGAACACUGGGCAAUGGAAGGCCCUUUGCAAUUGAGCUCGUGAAUCCUCGUAGGAUACAUUUUACUGCUGAGGAAAUGAAGGGACUUCAGCAGACAAUUAAUAAGUCUUCAGACAAAAUACAGGUUCGAGAUUUACAGCUUGUCACCAGAGAGGCGAUUGGUCGUAUGAAGGAAGGUGAAGAGGAAAAGACAAAGACCUAUAGUGCCUUAAUAUGGACAGACAAAGCAAUACAGAAAGAAGAUAUUGCAUUUCUAGAUGAUAUCAAGGAAUUAAAGCUGGACCAGAAGACACCUCUGCGGGUUCUCCACAGGAGGCCCCUGGCCGUGAGGUGUCGGGUCAUUCACACCAUGAGGUCAGAGUACAUCGACGAGCAUCACUUCCGCCUGCACCUGAAGACCCAAGCAGGGACCUACAUUAAAGAAUUUGUGCAUGGGGACUUUGGAAGAACAAAGCCCAAUAUUGGCUCCCUGCUGAGCAGAACUGCUGACAUUCUGGAGCUGGAUGUGGAAUCUGUUGAUGUUGACUGGCCUCCAACCCUGGAUAAUUAA